AUGGUCAAUAACCAUGACGCGGCUUCGAUCAAUUCCCAAGAGGAUACAACUCGGGGGUUAGAGAAUUUGGAUGCAAAUUCUGACAUUGCCGAAUUCAAUUCUGGCAAAGUUGAGGCAACAGGGGACGAUGAAAGUGAGCAGCAAUUAAGAAGGAUAAGAACGCUUAAUGUCAAGGAUCCAGAACGUGAUGAGGAAUCCCAGGAUAUUGAGAUCGGAACCAUUGAGAGCCAAGAUGUUCAUCAAAAGAAGAUGCCCCUUCGUCAAGUGUUAACUUUAGGGUUCAGCACUUUGGGUGCCAUUUAUGGUGAUAUCGGAACUUCACCACUUUACGUGUUGAACUCAAUCAAGUACCCAGAUCCUAAUAAUAUGACCAAGGAGGAUGUUAUGGGUGGGAUUUCAAUAAUCUUUUACUUGUUUACUUUCAUUGUUAUUUUCAAAUAUGUUUUUAUUGUCCUUGUCAUUGGUCCCAAUAAUGGGGACGGUGGUCAAGUUGCAAUCUACGCAAAGAUAUGUCGGUAUCUUAAAGUUGGACUGAAGGGUAUCCACAUCCCCGGUUCCCCUGAAAAAUCUGAUUUGGAAUUGUUGACUAGGCAAGAAACUUCUUCGUCUUGGAAAUCAACUAGAUCAGAUAGCUCUAGGUUUACUAGGGUAAGUGAAAGAUUCUCUGAACUUAAGAACAAGCCUUCAACUCUCAAGUUUAUAUCAAAAUUGAUUUUGGUCCUUUGCUUUCUUGGUUGUGGGCUUUUGUUUUCAGAUGGUAUGUUAACUCCAACCACUUCUGUAUUAUCUGCUAUUGGUGGUAUUCAAAUUGCCAAACCAAGUUUCUCCAAUAACAAUGUUUUGGCAGUGUCAGAAGUAAUCUUAUUCCUUUUAUUUGUGGUUCAACAAUUUGGGUCACAUAAGAUUUCAUUUUCUUUUGCACCAAUUGUUUUCAUUUGGAUGAUUGGUUUAUUGGUUUGUGGUGUGUACAAUAUUGUGCAUUGGGGUCCUGAUAUCUUCAAAAGUUUGUCGCCAUACUACGCCGUUAAGUUGUUACAAAGGACAGGUAUUGAUGUUAUGUCUGGUGCCAUGCUUGCUAUCACAGGUACUGAGGCAUUGUUUGCUGACAUUGGCCAUUUUGGUAGGUUGCCCAUUCAGCUUACUUUGGGUUGCUUUGUCUACCCAUGUUUAAUGAUUGCAUAUCUUGGUCAGGGUGCAUAUCUUUUACACAAUUUGGAUAAAAUAUCCAAUCCUUUCUACUAUUCUAUUCCAGGAGGAACCAACUCUGGCCCCUAUUGGAUUAUGUUUAUUCUUGCUACCUUAGCAACUAUUAUUGCUAGUCAGGCAUUGAUUUUAGGGGUUUUUUCUAUUGUGACUCAGUUAAUUAAUUUAGAUUGUUUCCCCAAGUUUAAGGUUGUUCAUGUUUCCAAAGAUCACAUAGGUAAGGUUUACAUUCCUGGUGUCAAUUGGUUGUUGAUGGUAGGUGUACUUUUGACUACAGCUGGUUUUAAAACUUCAAGCAAUGUUACUGCUUCCUAUGGGCUUGGUAUUUCUCUUGAUUUCGCAGUUACAUCGAUUUUACUUGUGAUAUUAAUGGUUUAUGUGUAUGAGGUGAACUUUUUAAUUCCCUUGGCAUAUACGUUGGUCUUCUUAUCACUUGAGGUAACAUUGGUAAUUGCGAAUUUGAAGAAAGUACCACAUGGAGCCUGGUUUACUAUUAUGAUGUGUGUUAUAUUCUUUUCAUUUUUGGACUUCUGGAGAUGGGCAAGACACUUGAAGCUGAGGUAUGACUUGAAGUCUAAUGUGAGAAUUAGUGAUCUAUAUCCUCAAUUGAAACCCAGACCAGCAACAGUUACAGUUGACUUGAGAAAUAACUCUGCAAGAGUGGUUCCUCAAGAAGACGAAGAAGUCGACAUGAAGGAAAUGUUCUCUGAAAACUUGAAGGUUGCAUCUAAGUUUGGUAAAUUGACCUUGAACAAAUACGACGGAGUAGCAUUCAUGUACAAUGAUUCGCCUUACUAUGUUAUGCGAUCUCCAAAUACUGUUCCGAACAUUUAUGCCCAAUUGGUUCGUUCAUUUGCAUCGCUUCCCAGGGUUUUCAUCUUUUGUUAUAUUCGGGUUUUAAGUAUUCCAAAUGUUCCUCCUGAAGAUAGAAUUUUACUUGGAUCGGUGAAAGACAUACCUGACCACUAUAAAUGCGUUUUGAGAUUCGGUUAUAGUGAUAAUAUUGUCAUUGAUUCAUCAAUAAUUGCUGCGAUUUCUGAUGAGCUCCCACCCAUUGAAGGUAUCCCUGUUGAAGAUUGGAACACGUUGCACAUAUUUGAGAACAAUAAGAUCUUGAGUCGUGAUAUGGAAUCUGAAGAAGGACGGUUUGGCUUCUUCAGAAGAAUGAUCCAUGGUCUCAGGAAGACAAGCAUUAAUUUGGUAUUCUCACCUCUUCAUCUGAUGUUCCUCCAAAAUUAUGACUCCAAUGUUAAGUUUAAAGACAACUCAGAAGAUGCAGAAAGAAAGUUGUACUUAGGUACCGUGGUCAAAAUUUGA